GCGCAACUCCAGCCCUGGCCGGGAUCUCUUUCACCCCCCCCUCUCUCUCCGCCGCUUCGCUCCCCCGUCUCGGGGCCUGCCUCGGAUGCUCCCGGCCUCGCAUCCGCUGCUCUACGCCUGCGUCUUCCGCGACACCCACCUCGUCGCCGAGCUCGACCACGCCCACUCCCACUCCCAGAGCACCGCCACCUCCGCCGACCCCGUCGCUUCCGACGCCCCCUCCCCCGCCCCUGACGACGACCUCCCGGCGCUCGCCGCUGCGCUCGUCGCCGCCGCUCCGCCGCACCACCGCCACCUCACACACACAGCCGCCGGGCGUGCGCACGCGCUGCUCCUGUCCCCGCCGCUCGCACUCGCCGCCGUCUCGCGGGCGCCCCACCUCCCGGCAUCGCAGCUCCUGCUCUUCCUCCGCCGCCUGCGAUGCCUCCCCGAGGCCCGGAUGCGGGACGAGAUGCCGCGCCUAGCGCUGCGCUUGCCACUCCCGCCGGGCGACGACGCGCGCGAGGCGAACGAGGUCGCCGCCGCGGAGGCCCACGCGGAGGAGGAGGCCGCGCGGAGGGACGCUGACCUAGCCGCGCGGACCACGCCCAAGAGGGACCGAGCCUCGCACCGGGGGCGGGCCGGACCCAGCUGGACGUGGAGGCGGCAGCUCUGGAUGGUCAUCCUUGCGGAUCUCCUCCUCCUCACAAUCCUCUUCGCCGCCUGGCUCGCAGUCUGCCGGGGAUUCAGCUGCAUUGGUCGGUAAAUAGCUACACAACCUCCAAGGCUGCUGCUCAAUUUUUAAGCAAGAAAUCUGGAGUGCAGUUUGUUUCUCAGACGAAAAAGUGGGUCAUACCAACCAUAACUCGGUUGUAAGGUGCCAAUAUUCGCAAGGAAAGGUGCUUUGCCCCCCGCGCGCGCAUACUGUUACGUCUUUAUUGUAUGAAUCGUGUUUAAAAGUGAAUGGCAACAGUCCUGGUAGACUACAUAAGUUUGAAUUUGAUGGUUUUGGUAUGGUGAUCUGUAAACCCGGUAGUGCAAUUUUUUUGUUCAUUUUCCUAUAGAAAGCAAAUGUCAAAAUUUUGACCAUGGCAGACUCGGGUAUAUGUGAAUCUUAUUGUCAUGUAAUAUUUGAAUAUUUGCCAGGC